GUGGAAAUAGGGGAAGGGGUCAGAUUUAUCCUGAUGGUAGCAAAAGUAACAAUACAGUUUAUAAUGCUACGGCAGGAGGGAUAAUAAGCAAAAUUUUACGAAAAGAAAAAGGGGGAUACGAAAUAACCAUAGUGGAUGCAUCGAACGAACGCCAAGUAAUUGAUAUUAUCCCUCGAGGCCUAGAACUUCUUGUUUCAGAGGGCGAAUCCAUUAAACUCGAUCAACCAUUAACGAGUAAUCCUAAUGUGGGUGGAUUUGGUCAAGGGGAUGCGGAAAUA